AUGCAGUGCGGGGUAGUCGGGAGCGUUGGAGAGGGGGCAGUUAAUGAAGUUGAUAAUGAAGCCCCAGGUUACGAAAUAUACAUGGGCCGAGAUAAAUAUGAAAAUGAAAAUUUAAUUGUUUUUGCAUUUCCUGAAGAUGUUUGGUUUCACGUUAGUGAGCUAUCUAGUGCUCAUGUAUAUGUUCGUAUGCCUUACGGACAAACAGACUACGAGAGUCUGCCACCAGCAGUAAUCGAGGAAGCUUGCCAACUAACAAAACACAACUCUAUUGAAGGAUGUAAACAAUCAGAAGUAACAAUUGUAUAUACCCCAGCAUCUAAUCUAAAGAAAACCGCCAGUAUGGACACCGGACAGGUAGGAUUUAAGCAGCAGAACAUGGUAAAGUACAUAAAUAACGUAAAGAAGGAUAAGGAGAUGAUAAAAAGAUUAGAGAAGACGAAAGCUGAACCUAAUAUAAAUCUUGAGGAAAAAAAACUUGAACGUGAUAGAAGAGAACGUAAUGAAAGGAAACAAAAACUACAACAAGAAAAACUUAGGCAGCAACAAGAAGAAGAAGAAAAACGUAUUCAAAGAGAAUUAAAGACUUAUCAAUCCUUACAACAUUUAAAACCUGUAGAGCAGUAUAAAGGGGAUGGCACAAUAGACAGCUGCAGACAGAUAGAAGAAGACUUCCUAUAA